CAAGAGAAGAAACAAGAAACAAAAAUCGACUGAAAAAGAAUGAGGAAUACCCAUAUCAACUUAGCUUAUUAUUGCUUGUUUAUUUUGGCAGCACUACUGGCUCCAUUUCCCUCUUCAGCCUCUGAUCAAAAUCAAUCCAGAAUUGCAAAAUUAGGAGAACAAAAAUGUAGUGUGCAUGUUACCAAUGGAUUGGGCACAAGGAACUUGCUUGCUCAUUGCAAGUCCAAAGAUGAUGAUCUUGGCAUCAGAUAUGUUUCUGUUGGGUCUGAAUUUUCAUGGGGAUUCAAAAUGAAUUUCAUUGGAACAACUCUGUACUGGUGCUAUUUGGCCCCAGACACCAAUUCUCAUGUUAGUAUGAAAGUAUUCUGGAAUAACCGAAAUUUUACUUCAAAGUGUGACAAUUUCAAUUGUUAUUGGGUGGCUAAAGAUGAUGGGGUCUAUUUAAGGAAUUUCCCAAGAAAUAUUAAAGAGUUUUAUGCAGCUUGGCAACCAGGAAGAUUGAAUUAGGGAGAUUUUUUUUUUUUUUUUGUUUUGUUUUGAAUAAUGUCUUAUAGAUAUUUGAUGAUUGCAACAUUAAGUAAUUGUCAUAUCUAAUCUAGUCAAUAAUAAAGUCUUUCCUUUAUUACCAA